UACGCCAGGCAAGAAACAAAAAAUAAAUCCCUAGUGAUCCAGUUUACAGUUUGACCCCGUUGGAUUAGGUCCACUAAUCUUGAUGGGUGAUUAGUUCCACCCAAGCACUAUGACACCCAAACGAAAGCGUCGCGGACGCAGCGAGUCGAGGGCCAGGAGCAAAGCCAAAGGACAGUCGGAAGCAGAGCACUUGCAACUGCUUGAGGAGCUGGAGUUGGCCGACAGCUGCUGCGAGAUUUGCCACUGCGACUGCUACAGUUCCCACAGCGGCAGCUCGGUGAGUGGACGGGCCAUUCAGCGGCAGGAGAGCCUCAAGGAGCUGCUGCAACUGGACAAGGACAUUCAGGCUCUGGAGCAACUGCAGCGCCGGGACUGCAGUGCCAAGAGCAAAAGGAGUGCCAGCAGUCAGGGCAACAGGAGUGCGUCCCGGUCGCCGACGGAGGGGAAGUCCUCCCACAGCAGGCGGGGAUCUGUCGAUUUCCAGAAAAGGUCCAGAGGUACAGAGUCCGGCCGGAGUCGCCGGUCAAAAAGUGCAGGUAGCCACAGGAGUCAGUCCCGGGAGAAGCAGCAUCCGCAGAAAGCAGAGCCCAUUCCUCCGGAGCGCCGACGACGCGGUGCCCAACGGGAUUGUAAGAUGCUUCAACAAUUUCUGGGUCCCUUGAACGACGCCCCCGCACUUACCAUCAUCGGACGGGCCAAGUCCAAGUCGCAGGAGAAUAUGGCCCGGGGGCCCAGCCAAUCGCAGGCCAAGAAGAGCUCACUGUGCAGCUCGAUGGCCAACCUGUGUCUGGCGCCCACGGUGCGGGCCGCCUUCCAGCUGGUGCCCACUCACGACCAGAAGAUUCUUAACCGCAUGGCGGGAAAGAGGAGCCAGCAGGCCGCCGACAAGGAGACCGCCUGGCUGGCGCGAAAGUUCUGGGAGAACGAGCGACUGGAGCGACAGCUUCUGCGGGUGGAGCAGCUGGAGGCGUACAAGCAGGCGGUCCACGACAAACAGUUCCAGGAUUUCCUGUUGACCAAGGCACGGCUGCAGUCCUUGGCCGAGCGGGAUCUGGCGGAGCUGAAGCGAUUGCGCGGAGCCCUCGAUGCCAAGGACGCUGCGGCCAAGAAGCGGCUGGAGGCCAGGCGUCUGGAGCGGGAUCUCAAUCUCUGCCAGCGCAGGUGCGAGGAGUUGCGCCGCAGUGAGGCAGUCACCGUGCAGCAGGAGGAGCAGCACCUGGACGAGACACUGCGCAAGCGCGACAUCUGCAUGCGGCUCACGCAACGACUGCGGCGGGCGGAUGAGUUGCGUAACCAGCUGCUGGAGGCGUACCUGAAGCGGAUGCAGCACGACAACUAUCUGGAGCAAGUGCAUCACGAGGAGCACUGGCGGGAGCGACAGCAGGAGGAGCGACUGCGCAGGGAUCAGCUCCGCGGGGACAUCGAGCGCAAGAGGCACCAGUCGCAGCGCUUUGUCCAGUGUCGCCAGCGGCGCCAAGAUGACCGCUUUCGUACCGCCAAGAUCUCGGCCAGUCUGCGUGAGCUGGUCCGCCAGUCGGUCACACCCGAAGGCGCUGUCAGUGGAUCGAUGGGUCAGGAUACGCCGGCCCUCAAUUCGUAUGCCCAGCAGCAGCUGCAGCUGGGACGUUUGCUCUUCGAUCAAUCCUCCAGGGAAUGAUACAUUCCUCAACAUGGUUAUGGUUAUGUAAAUACUAAAUUGUUUGUUGG